UUGUUUAUAUUCCAUAAACUAAGAUAUUUCGGAGACAUUCCGGACUUAGCGUCGCUACAAUGCGCAGUAUCCGUUUUCCCGCGUGUGGUUGCAGAGGGGCUUGGGGGGCACCUCGGCGUAGUGCGCAUACGCCAGGGCCCAAACCCCAACAUUCCCAACGAAAAGUGAAAAGUGAAAAGUUCGAGAAACGCCAGACAACCGCCGAAAGUGAGCUGUGUUCGUUGGAUCCAACGAUUCCUAGAGGCCAAAACGACAGCGACUAGAACCCACCUAAGAUGGAGAAGAUCUGGAAGAAAGUGUGCGACCACCACGAUGUGCCCGAACAGGUGGCCAAGGAGUGGUUUGCCCGUAUCCAGGAGCACCUGAGCGCCGAGAGUCCAUCGCGCGCCUACCACAACUGGCAGGAGAUGAUGCAGCGCAAGGAGCCCCAUCUGGCACACUGCGCCAAUCCCAAUAUCGUGCUGGCUGCCUUCUUCCAGUACUACCACUUCGAUGGCAACCGCAGCUGUUCGGAGGAGAACAUCGAGGUGUUCGAGGAGUUCUGUCAUGAUGCCGUCAUCGAGGAUGACCGCGCUAAGAGUCUGGUCUGCAAUCUGCUAGGGCGAAAGACUCCGGAGAAUCAGUUAACCUGGUGCCAUGACGACGAGGCCAAUUUGCUGCAGGAUGUCGACCUAGUAGUGCUUGCUUCCUCUCCGGAAGAGUACAAGCACUACACUACACUUUUGCGUUCGGAGUAUGCCAAUCUGGAUGAUGCCACAUACAAGGCCAUGCGCAUCAAGGUGCUGGAGACCCUGUUGAUGAUUCCCUCCAUCUAUGCCACCGGCGAGUACCACGACAAGUACGAGGAACUGGCGCGCACCAACAUUCGCAGUGAGAUCCGCGAACUGAAGCAGCAGUAGGUACUACCAGGCUUA